GUCAACUUCAGUCCUGAGCACACUCUGAGAGAGAGAGGGGAUAAGGAGGGCGAGCCUCUCUGAUCAGAUUACAGUGAAGAUUUGUGUGACUGUGACCAUGCGUGUGGUGAUUGUCUUCCUCUUGUCUGCCCUGCUUCCACUCUGUUGCUGCCAUGCACGGGACCCCUUCGCGUGGCUGUACGGCCCCCAGAGCCAAAGAUUUGCCUCCCUGCAGGCAAACACCAACGGACAGGAGUGUCCAGAUGUGUGCGACUGUCCCCCCACCUUCCCAGCCGCCAUGUACUGUGAUGGACGGGGCCUGACAGCCAUGCCAAGCAUCCCCUCCCGUGUGAAAUACUUGUACCUCCAAAACAAUGCAAUCACAGCUGUGCCCGACUCAGCUCUCGUAAAUGCAACCAAUCUGGUGUGGCUGAUGAUGCACUACAACCAGCUGACAUCUGACACCAUUGGCAAGAAGGCAUUUCAGCAGUUGGAGGGACUAGAGCGUUUAUAUCUACAACACAACAAUUUGACAGGCUUUCCUUCAAACCUCCCCCGCACCCUGCAAGACCUGAGAAUCAACAACAACAAGAUUGAAAAGGUAACACCUGCAGACCUAGAGGGAAUGGAUAACCUCACUAUCCUGUAUCUCCAUGACAACUCUGUCACAGACGUGGGCACAUCACUGAAGGCACUCAAAUCCCUCAUGCUGUUGGACAUCAGCGGCAACAAGUUGACAAAGGUCCCAGAUGCACUUCCUGAACAACUGCACCAGCUCUACCUGCAGUCCAACUCCAUUGAUUCUCUACCAGAGGACUUCCUGGGCGGUUUCACUCAGCUGCAGUACGUCAGGAUAGCCCACAAUCAGCUAACAGACAAGGGUAUCCCUGCCAACACCUUUAAUGUGACCGGGCUGGUGGAGCUGGACCUGAGCUACAAUAAACUGGAGAGAAUCCCCCCAGUGAGCACCACACUAGAACAUCUGUAUCUGCAGGCCAAUCAGAUCAAAGAGUUCACUCUGGGUAGUUUCUGCAGCAUCGUGGAUGUGACCAACUUCUCCAAGCUGCAGACGCUGAGACUGGAUGGGAAUGAGAUCAGUCUCCAGGACAUCCCGACAGAUUCAGCCCUCUGCUUGCGCCUGGCCUCCAACAUUAAGGUCUAAGUGUGUGUAUGACACAAUGUGUAGCACUUUGCUCACAAACACAGCUCACAGAUUGCAGCAUUCACUAAGGGUGUGACACAUUAUUUGUGUGAUGUGCCAAAAUCAAAGCUCAGCAGGGGCAAUAAUAUAAUUUUAUAUUGAUAGCAGGUGGCAGCAGUUCUUACUGUAAUAACCACUAUUCACACCAGAUAAUUAAAUUAAAUGUUUCAAGUAUGGUUUUAUUUGAAUAAAUGAAAUGAAAUGAGCCAUUCACCUCA